UUUUUUUCUUCGUCUUCUUCCUUUGACACCAACAUGUGAGGCAGGCGCCACUUUUGACUCUCUCCGAGCUACAAAACUGAACAGAAAAGUCAACGAUGAACUCCAGAGAAGGAAAUAUGAGCAGACCCAGGCGGCCCGUUCUGCCCCCUCUCUCCACCAGGACUCUGCACCACCCCUCCUUCCUACCUCUGUACGUGGCUGCGGGCUUUGCACACACAGACGCAGCCUGCAACAGCCAAACGGGUGAGUCAGUUUUAUCCACAUCUGUGUCAAAGCUCCAUCCAGCUGUGCAGCCUCCGUGUCAUGUUAAUGUCUCCUCUUCAGCCCAUCCCAUCAUCCCAACGGCGUUUUUCUACACUGACCCCACCAUGAGCCGUGGGAGGAGGAUCCCCAACAGAGUCAGUGAUCUGGGGGUGUUCGAUCGUUUGCAGCUCAACACUCCACCACCGGUGAUGUCCGCCUGUCUGGCCCCACCAAACCGUCGCGACCCAUUCAGAUCUGGGCCCCACCCCAUUAGAGACCUGGGCAGCCCUGAGUGGAGAAUGAACCCCAUCCACUUACCGGUGCAGCCAAGCCGGACCAUUGUCCAGCUCACCCAGGAGGAGGACCAGGCCAUCACUAACCUCCUGAAACUGCACCACCAGGGGGCUAGACAAGGUGAUGACACCCUUACUGCUGCACAAAUGGACUUUUCCAGUGUUGUAGAGCCACCUGUAGACUUCAACCCCUGUCUUUUCCUUAGUCACUCUAAAUCUAUGGAUCCUACUUCAGCUGAGGACGUAUACAAGCCCUUGUGUUGUGAUGUGCAAUAUCCAAGGAAGGCAGGUUUGUUGCAGCAGGGAAGAGGGUGGUCAGAUAUGGAGCUUGAAGCAGCUGACACCCUCUUGAGUUGCUUUAGUCUCACGGAGGAGGACAGAAUCUGGGUCCAGUGCCACCAGAAAUCAGCAGUAAUGCUUCCCGAUCAUGUGCCAUACCAGAACAAGGAUUUACCAAUAAACACUGAAACCCAGCAAGAAUCGGAGGCUUUACCUACAUUAAAAGCUUCUCAUUCUACUCAAAAUGACAUUAGCAAUACCAGGUUUAGUUGUGUCAGUGAGAAUGGAGAACCAGGCUGGAGGGACUUUAGGUCUGCUGAGGACAGAGGUGUCUCUGGAGAUUUUUCAAAGGUGAGGGAACGGAUGCUGUCAGAUUCAGAGGGGGAUGCUGUGCAUGUACUCCUGAGUCUGGGAGACAUGGGAACUUUGGAUAUCCUGCACUGACGCUCUUAAAGCUGAGCGUCUCCUUGUCCCGGUGUGUGUUUUUAAAGGACUAUACUAUAUCUUGCUCAUUGUGGACACUGCUUGAGCAGUGUCCACAAUGAGCAAGCAAUGAAAAAGCAUUUUUUUGCUCUUUUCCCUUUGUUUUUUUGCACAUGUUGCUAAGAAAAAGUAAAUUUACCUCAAAACCCCUUAUUUGUUUUUCCAGGAUGCAAAUUUAUUUCCCC